AUGGAUUCCACCACCAACAAUGAUUCCACUGGGGGCUUUGGCUCCUUUGACCUGUCUCCGAGGAAGGACUGGAACUCCUUCAAUGACGAUAAACCAGAGUCAUUGGAGUAUGAACCGGCCUACCCUCUGCAAGUCCGGCAUCUGUUCGAAUCCGCUGUCGGUAGAUGCUCAUCUGCCACCACUGGGUCCCGCGGAUCUGAUGUCGCCAGUAGCUUUGCGGCGAUGAACCUGCCCAGGGAGAUACUCUACCAAGUUUUCGACCACCUCAUCGCUCCGUUUAAAGAAUACCCUGACGAUAAUCUCGUGCCACAAUCUUUCAGAGGCAAGGGCAUCCGCUUCCAAGUCGUCGAGAGCCCUUUCUCCCCCGAAUCACUUCUUUCAACCGACGACCUCAUAGUCACUGGUGAAGUUUCUUCUCGGAACUUGAACCAGGUUACUGGCACUCGGCAGACCGUCGAUCCACUUGCUACAUACCGAGAGAUCCAGUCCGGUACUGCUGAGACGAUCCCAGAUGGGUGGCUUCAAAGUGAAGAGGUUGCCCGAGAGCUGGAACAGCUAUCCUGGAACGAGGAUGAGAUCUCCGAAGAGGAUACGGAAGAGGACUCUGAUAGCGACCAGGAGUCUAGCGAGGACAACACCUCGGAGGACGGCGAGGAUACAGCUGCGUCCGCCCCUAGAGCAUCUAGGCAUUCGCUCGACCGAGAGGUCGGAUCAGAUCCUGACGGUGUCAAGCGGGCAUUCCUCGCUACGAACAGGCGGGAUGAUACCUCCUGCGUCAAGCCAUCCUCCAGCGGCGAGCCAUCCUCCAGCCGCUCAGCCAAAUCUUCAGUGCCGACAUCCCCGCUUGUCUCUGCACCUUCAUCGCCUUUCCUCAAACCUGCCAUCGACAUUCCGGAGUCGAGCAUCCCGGCCACGGCGGAGGAUGACAUAGCCUCGGAUCUGUUGCAUCUGGACCCUGCAAUCUUUGCAGAUGACGACCAAAGCAGUGACCCAUUAGAGUAUCUGGAUUACGGCUUCGUCAUGGUGUACAAGCCAAACAUCUGGGAGACAGACGAGGAGAUUGUCGCUCUGGAAAAUUCCCGCCACUGGUGUCCACGCUCCACCACCUACGAGGCCCGCUGUCGUUUCCGACCUCCGGUACAGUACCAGAACCUCCUUCGCCUUUCUCAGCUCUCACCAGGAGUCACGGAAGAACUCGGUAAAACCCUCUACCCCAAUUGCACAGCCGAGUUCCCCUACGGUCCUCACCUCUUCCCCUCCUUCGCUGCCGAGCGCCCGGCCAUCCUACCCAUGCUCCGCGGCAUCAUUCUCCACCUCGACUGCUCCGCCGACUUCAACGACACGGUCACCACCGAGCUGGCUUACAUGCUGUCGUUUUUCUCUCCCUCCCUGCGUCCCGACUCCCCUUGCAGGAAGUUGGCAUUCCUCACGGUCAAACUCCGCACCAGCCUGGUUGACAUCCCUCGCUGGCAGCAGGAGGAAGACUCCAUGGAAAAGCAGCUCAUCAUGGACAAACUGAGGGAAUGGGCGCCGCUCUUUCGAGCUGUGCACACCGACGAACUCCUGCUGAGCUUGGUGGGGAUUCGGCAUGAAGUUUUUUCCGCGGCGCAAGGGGUGCCUUAUGGGUUCGGGCAGGAGGAUCGGGAAAGGGAGAUGACGACGAGGGAGAUAAGGGCGAUGUGGUGGUAUGCCGGAUUGCUUGAGUGGAGGCAGCGCUGGAAAUAG